AAAGAAAGCGCCACGCUAGAGGGAUCGGUGGAUACUGAGCCGUCAACAUGUCCCGUCUCCACAUCAGAGGGAUCUUUCUCACUCUGUGUUUGGCUCAAACUGCCUUAUCGAGUCUGCAUCCUGAAUGUGAGUACAUAUUUCAGCUGGAGAAAGAGGAGCAUCACUGCCUUCAGUACAUUGCAGCGCAGGACAACAGAAGCCAUGAAGGUUGUCAGCCAUUCUGGGAUGCAGUUGUCUGCUGGCCUCAUGCUGUCAUUGGAGAAACGGUCCAAAGAGGCUGUCCUGCAGUCUUCUCGCUCUUCAAAAACAACACAGGUUCAGUGAGCCGCAACUGUACCGCUGGAGGUUGGUCCAGGCCCUUUCCACCGUACCACAUUGCCUGCAGUGUGGAUGAUGAAAUUCCUGAGACCGAGGAGUCAUACUUUGCCACUGUGAAGCUGAUAUACACCAUCGGCUACAGCAUUUCUCUGGUGGUGCUGGUUGUUGCUGUGUUGAUCCUGUUGCUAUUCAGGAGGUUGCGAUGUGCCAGGAACUUCAUUCACACCCAGCUGUUCAUUACAUUUAUCCUGAAAGCUGUGGCGGUGUUCAUAAAGGAUACUACUUUGUUCUCAAGUGACGACAUCAACCACUGCACCCUUUCCACAUUUGCCUGUAAGGCCUCUGUGGUCUUCUGUCACUACUGUGUAAUGGCAAAUUUUUUCUGGCUCCUGGUGGAGGCGCUCUACCUCAAUUCCCUGCUACUCUCCUCCUUCUAUCACAGCCGCCGAUGCCUGUGGGGUCUCAGCCUGCUGGGAUGGGGUGUACCUGUGCUCUUCAUCAUCCUGUGGAUUGGAUCCAGGAUGUAUUUUGAGGACACAGAAUGCUGGGACAUCAACGAGGACUCGCCCUAUUGGUGGAUCAUCAAGGGACCAAUUGUUGUGUCUAUAGCGGUCAAUUUUAUGCUUUUCAUGAACAUCAUCAGAAUCCUAAUACAGAAGCUCAAUCCUCGGCUGAUCCAGUUCAAUAACUCCUCUCAGUACAGACGCCUGACUAAGUCCACCCUCCUCCUCAUCCCUUUGUUUGGUACUCACUACAUGUUCUUCAAUUUUCUGCCUGACUACUUCAGUGUUAACCUGCGCCUCUGUAUCGAGCUCUGCAUGGGAUCCUUCCAGGGGCUCCUUGUAGCAAUUCUCUAUUGCUUUCUGAAUCAAGAGGUCCAGAAAGAGGUCCACAUGCAGUGGCUGAGAUGGCAGGAGAGGAGCUAUGGGGUGGUGUCACCUGCUGCAAAAGGCAGCCAGAUGGACACGCCCUUCUAGAGCAUCCUGUUACGACUUGACCUUCUUUCUGUCGGAUCCAACUGUACGUGAUCAUCUUUAAUGGGCUGUACAUUAUGCACGAUGUCAGUGGCUGCUGGCCAUGCACCAUCGAAUCCUAAACAGGUCUGUAAGUUUUCAUUCAGUAGCACUCUGCAACACAGUGUUUCAAUGGCUGUUCCCAUCAAAAAAUUGAUGUGAACUUUCCAAUUGAGAACGAGUCCAGGACAUGCACACAUCUCAAGGCAGCAUAUGCAUAGUGGUGAUGUGGAGUGCAGCCUAAUACAUGAAAA